CCAGCUCAGUGCCGUAUACAGUGCGAUGUACUUCUCUAUGUCUCUUCUCUGCAAAUAAACACACCCUCCGGUCACCUCUCACUUUACUCUCUUCUUCUUGUUCCUGUGGCUUCGCUUUGAUCGUUUCUCAGUAGCUGGGCGCGUGUUAGAAAUGGCGAAAUCAGCGGAGAAAGUGCACCCGGUGAAGGCUUUUGGAUGGGCGGCCAGAGACACAUCCGGCGUCCUCUCUCCCUUCAACUUCUCCCGGAGGGCCACAGGGGAUGAAGAUGUAAGGUUCAAAAUCUUGUACUGUGGUAUCUGUCACACUGAUCUUCACAAGAUCAGAAAUGAAUGGGGUGGCUCGAACUAUCCUCUCAUUCCUGGGCAUGAGAUUGUGGGUGUGGUGACUGAAGUUGGGAGCAAGGUUCGUAACUUCAAAGUAGGGGAUAGAGUUGGAGUGGGGUGCCUGGUUGGAGCGUGUCACUCCUGCAACAAUUGUGCCAAUGACCUCGAAAAUUACUGCCCCAAAAAGAUUCUCACCUACAGUAACACUUACCAUGAUGGAACAAUCACAUAUGGAGGUUACUCUGAUCAUAUGGUUGUUAGUGAGCAUUACGCAGUCCACAUUCCUGACUGCCUGCCACUUGAUGCUGCUGCUCCUCUCCUCUGUGCUGGGAUCACAACGUACAGUCCGUUGAAGUAUUUUGAGCUUGAUAAGCCUGGUUUGCAUGUGGGUGUGGUGGGCUUGGGUGGCCUAGGCCAUGUUGGCGUGAAGUUUGCAAAGGCUUUUGGAGCUAAGGUGACUGUGAUCAGUACAUCACCAAGCAAGAAGGAUGAAGCCCUCAAACGUCUUGGUGCUGAUGCAUUUUUGGUCAGUCGAGACCCUGAUGAGAUGCAGGCUGCCAUUGGCACGAUGGAUGGCAUUCUUGAUACCGUGUCUGCAGCUCACCCUAUACUACCAUUGAUCGGUCUGCUGAAGACUAAUGGAAAGCUCAUCAUGGUUGGUGCACCAGACAAGCCACUGGAGUUACCUGUCUUUCCUCUGCUUGCGGGGAGGAAAGUAGUGGCUGGAAGUAUGAUUGGGGGGAUGAAGGAGACACAAGAAAUGAUGGAUUUUGCAGGAAAACACAACAUAACAGCAGAUGUUGAGGUUAUUCCGAUGGAUUAUGUGAAUGCUGCGAUGGAACGCCUUGCAAGAGCUGAUGUUAGAUACCGAUUUGUCAUUGAUGUUGCAAACAGUUUGGAAGCUGCAUAGUUAGCUUUGAUGGCUCCUGAAUUUUGGUUUCCUUUAGACCUCCUCCUAAUGGGGUUGAAGUACAAAAGAUACAACUUCUCUAAUACAUGAAUAAACGGGAAAUUCUGUCUAUUAGACCUGGAUUGUAAUUUUUGAAAUCAUGCUUCCGUAUGGCCUCUGGGGAAGAUCUCCUGUUUAUGGUUUGAUGUGGAUGGCUUUCAUUUGAUUCAAAAUUGCAUUAUGCGAUUCAAAUUUGGCAUUUUGGGAAGAUUGAUGGCCAAGUCAAGUUGAUGUACAGUUUUGUCCAGAUUGGCGAAAAAUCAGGUGUGUACGUAAUUUUUUAUGAGAGCAAGUUUCAGGAGCUGAGGUCGUAUUUGCGCAUAACCUUUUCAUUCUUUUAUGCAAAAAGGCAAUUUCUAUAACACGAAUUAUUAAUGAAAUGAUUUCUAUAACAUGAAUGAUUGAUAAUAAAGCAUUUUGUCAACAUUUUACAAGAAAACAUUAAUCCCAACAAAAGGGUCCCAUUUAUGUGUGCCCAGAAGGAGAAAAAAAAUUCUAAAACAGGCAGAUGGCUCUUUAUCUCACUCCUGCAACAUUUCUAAAUUCAUAAGAAAGAUCCGGAGAAGGGCAUAUUUCACAAGUCAAAUGAGUAACUAGAUAAAAAAAAAAAAAAAGAAGUCACUCUUUCAAA